GCGGUCAACGGAACGUGCAUUGAGAAAAUUGAAAAGUAAAAAAUAAUAACAAUUUAAAAAAAAAUGAAUUCGAUAACGCAUUUGAUAAUAUGUGUAACACAGAUUAUAAUUGUUUUUUCUGAAUUGCCAGUUCCAAAGUGCAAGCUCUCAGAUUCCAACUGUAUCCGAUCUUCGGCACAAGGUGCGAUACCGGUAUUCACCGCUGGCAUGCCAGACAUUGGCACGGAACCUCUUGACGUAAUGCAUGUGGAUAAUAUCAAGGUGGACUUGGCUGGCCUGAAGCUAGUUGUAAACGACAUCUCUAUAAAAGGAUUAAGGAAGGCCAAUCUUACGAAAACAGAUGUUGCCAUGGAGAAGAAGCAAAUCGCAGUAGCUUGGGACACUGACAUUUUUAUGAAGGGGCAUUACAAGGCUUCAGGCAGAUUGCUAGUGCUGCCUAUCACUGGAGAUGGCGAUUUUACUCUUAAACUAAAGAAACUCCACGUGGAUAUGACGAUUCCGUUCACUAUGGCAAAGACAUCUGACGGCAAGGACAUGAUAGACUUAAAAAGCUACAAGUACAAAUACGAAGUUAUGGACGGCGCCAACUUUCAAUUGACUAAUCUUUUCAAUGGAAACAAGGUUUUAAGUGACACCAUGUUGAGAUUUAUGAAUGACAACUGGAAGAUAAUCUCAGUUGAAUUCGGUGGACCGAUGCUCGAGAAACCAAACAAGAAAAUUUACGAGUCCAUCAAGACAUAUUUGCGGUCGCAGCCUUUAGAAAACAUCGCCGAGUAUUAAGUUUGUUAACAAACAUAAAUUUUUAAGUUUUUAGGAUUUUGCAGUUUGCUAAACAUAGGAAAUGAAACCAUUUUUUCGAAUUUAAAUCACGUAUGUUUGUUGUUUUAAAUAAACCAACGUUUGGGUCUCG